AAUGCAACCUCAAUGACAUUUUAAAGGUUUGUUAUAAAAAGCGACAUUCUGGUGUAAUAUGUGCAAUUAUAUUGGAGUAAUACUAGAACUCAUUUGUGUUUUCCCUUAUCGUUGACUGAAUAUUCAAAAUUUUAGUUUAAAUCCUUGACUGAAACUGCAAGGUCAUCUGAGAUGAUGUUAUGAAAAAACUUGAUAUGUCUGUUAGACAGAUUAGGGCCCACACACACAUUCCUCAAGUGUGAUAUUUCAUUCAGUUUGAUCAGCAACAUGACCUGUUUACCUUCAUUCUUACGCAGAAUGCAUGUGCGCAUGAUAAUUUUCCAAUUGUCAAAUAACUUAUUAUCAACAGCAUUCAAUACUGUAAGAAGCAGCUUCUUUCUAAUGAAUAUGUUGCAGAAGACUGUGGGCGUACAUGACGACAUGAUUUCUCAAGUGUCGAGUAGAUAACAGGCUAAACAACAUUCCUAGAACAUAGCCUGCUUUUAAAAUAGUCAGACUCCGAUCAAGGAGUAAGUAGCCUACGUUUUAAGCAGAUACUGUGCAUCUAAAAGGAGGAAAAGAAGGCUGUAUGGGCCAUGUUUUACUCACACACUGAGCUGUGUUGCUCCUGAAAUUACAUCAUGGUUUUCUUUCUCCUUGUUGUCUUUGGAUUUUUGUCCUUCACAUCAAGCCAAAUAUCUCACCAGUAUCACUUCAUAAAUAUCAGAAAGAACUGGACUGAGGCUCAGAGAUUCUGCCGUGAGAAGUACAUUGACCUGGCGACUGUGAAUAAUGCAGACGAGAUGAACAGCUUGUUCGGAGCCAUAAGUGAUGUUUCAUAUGAUGUGUACAUUGGACUUUAUAGAAGUGAAGUGUUCAGAUGGCACUGGACACUGCCAGACAGUUACAAUGUAGAGCUGUUCCAAAACUGGAAAGAAAAACAACCAGAUCAAGAUAAUAAUCAUGGCUGUGCAGUAAUGGACAACAAUGGGAAAUGGUUUAGUGAUAGCUGUGAUUUACAGAAGCCAUUUGUAUGCUUUAAUGCAACAUCCAAUACAAAGUAUAUCCUGAUUGAGGUGACAAAAACCUGGAGGGAGGCCCAGGAAUAUUGCCAAACCUUCUACACUGAUCUAGUCAAUAUCAGAGACUCCUCAGAAAAUCAAAAUGUCAAGAAAAUUGCAAAAAACGAUGUAUGGAUUGGACUAUUUAAAGACCCUUGGUCGUGGUCGGAUCAGAGCAACUCUUCUUUCCGUUUCUGGAGUAACAUUAGAAGAGACCAGAACUGUGUUUCAGUGAUGGUGAACCAAACAGGGAAAUGGAAUGAUGUCAAAUGUAACGCCACUCAGCCCUUCAUCUGUCACAGUGAUCUGAAAUCUCAGUCAACCACUAAAUCAGCUACCCCUGGACCAUCGACAACAACACAGCACACACCAGCCCAAAACACAACUGAGGGGGAAAAUACAAGCAGUCACCCAACACAAAUACUCACUACAGGUCCAGAGCAAGAUAACCUGAUUCUGGUCCGUGAGAACCUGACGUGGACUGAAGCUGUGAGUUACUGCAGAAAGCACCAUGUGGACCUGGUCUCCAUUCACAGUGAGGUGCUUCAGAAUAGGGCAGCGAGAAGAGCCAGCCAGGCCUCCACUUCACAUGUAUGGCUGGGUCUCCGUUACACCUGCACGUUUAACUUCUGGUUCUGGAUAAAGAACAGAGAAACAGGCUGCUACCAGAACUGGGCGUCUGGCCAUGGGCCUAGUGGUUAUGAGGAGUGUGGGCUGUCAGGAGCUAUGGAGUCCACUGGGGGGCACCGUUGGGUCGGGAGGCCAGAGAGCGAAAGGCUGAAUUUCAUCUGCCACACUUGUGCAGACUGCCAAUUAUGUACUGAUACAUUUUAACUAUAAAGAGCAAUGGAAGACUACGAAGCAGUGAGAGAUAAACUGCUUAGUUGAUCCUAUAUAUUUUUAAUGGAUUCUGUGCGCUUUUCAUGUCAUUCUCAUGGCAACAAAAACAUGAUGUCUAACAUAAUAACUGUUAGCACUUAAACAUCAUUUAGUAUGAAUUAUAAACCUUUUAUAAACCUAUUUUCCUUAUGGGGACCAAAAAGGUCAAAAAUUUCUGCUAUUAAACACACACACACACACAAAUGUAAAAAUUGGAUAUCCGUAUCAGAAAUUUCAAGUUCUAUAUAAUAUAAUUAUAAAAAUCUAUAGAUGUACCAAAUGAUUUAUUGAUUAAUUCAUAAAGAUCAGUUGGAUUAAGUAAUAAACAAAUGUAUUAAAACUGAAAGAGAAGAGAUGCAAAUGAAAAGUUUGAUACUAAGAGCCUUGUGAAAGGCAGUUUCUGUGAAUGAAACGUUUAUAUAUAAAAAUUAUUUUGGGUAGUGAAAAUGAUACUUUGUGAUGUGUAUUGUACAAACACAAUUGAAAAUAUGCUGAAAUGUUUGGAAAAAGUUCACUUUUGAUGAUCUGUUGUGAUAGUACUAGUUUUGAAAAUUGUGCAUUUGCUUGUGAAAAUUGCGCCAAAGCAAUUUUUAAAAAUGUAAUACGAAUAGAUUAUAAAUACUGUAAUAUGAAUCAUAUUACAUUUUAUAAUAUUGUAAUGUUAUAAUAAAUUUGUAGUAUCAAUACAAAUAA